GAAAUAGAACUUCCUUCAUAUAGUACAUCCCACCUAGAAUCCAGCAAACUUUCAAUCACAAAAAAAAUCAUUUUAUAAACUGACUGUCAAAAGUGUCAAAUUCGAAUUGUAAUCAGCUGACCCUCAAAUGCGAUAACAGCUGUUUUAUCUGCCAAAUUACUUUCAAAACAAUAAUGAAAAAGGCUGGUUUGUGAUAACAAAUUUUUACAUUUUAUAAUGGAAAACACUUAGUGAUUAAUAACAGAGCAAUACACAGUAUGAACCAUCAGUCGUUCUUUUUUGGUUCCAACUUGGGCACCUUUUUGAUAAAGGGUAUAGAAGUGAAAUCCACAAGGGCCUUAAUAGGUGUGUGUGUCUUUGUGGGCUGUAUGUCUUUUGUUUUUGAAUUUCUUAGGUAUUUGCAGACCAAGAGCAAACAAAGAGAGCUAAAAAUAAGAGCAAAACAAUUAAAGCAACUAUGUCCAACAGAAAGUGCUUCAUUAUUGAGACAAACCAUAACCAAUCCUCGGAAUCCAUUUAAUAUAACAUUAUUUGAUAGAUUUCUUGUAUUUGGAACAGAAGUCUCUCUAUGGCUACUUCUUCAGAAUCUCGGCUACAUAAUAAUGCUGUCUGUAAUGAUGUAUGAUGCCUGGCUACUCAUUUCCGCCGUGUUCGGUGGAGGACUAGGAUAUUUUAUAUUUGGACACAAAUUUAUGCAGAUUAAUCUGGAAAAUUGCCAAAUUAUUAGGGAAACUUAUUGUACCCAAAUAUGUGGGGAAACAGAAAAAGCCACUAUAGGCAGUCCUGGUACCUCCCAAAAAUAUGAUGUCCUGUUCUAAAACCCUUCCCAGUAUCCUGCUCCCCUAAAAUUUGUUUGAUUGCCAUGUUAUUCCUAAUUUUAUUAAUAAAUAAAAGAUGAGA